UUGUUUAAAAUUAGUGAAAAAUCAAAGUGAACAGUACCAUUAUUACAUGGCAGUAUGUGAGUACAAAAAAGGAAACUAUUUAGCAAGUUUAGAACAUUUAAAAAGUGAUAAAUUGAUAGAAAAAUAUAAGAAAGUUACUGACGUAUUAAAAUUUCUUAACGAUAUAGAGUUAAACGAACAGCUCGAUAUUUUUGAAAAUGACUUGCUUCACAUAAUAUAUUCGGAGACCCCUUGUGAAGAAUUACAUUUGAUCUAUUUAAAAGGAGCUAUGCAUUGCUAUAAAAAUAAAUUUUACAUCAAAGGAGUGGAAAUUUGUCAAAUCGCUUGCACUGUAUUACGCACACCAAUGAUAUUGACAUUGUUAGCCAAAUGUUUAAUACAGAUUGGUGAAUUGGAAACCGCCGAGAGCGCACUGGACGAAGCAAACGUCAUGGACAUAAAGAACGAGGAAGUGUGGGCAUACCUGACGGUGGUAAACAUCAAAAUGGGAAACGCUGACGAAGCGAAAAUGUGUUACAUGCGAGCACUUGAGGAAACAAUUGAACAAUUUUUGGGAAAUUAA